AUGGAAUAUACCGUAGAGAGGCGAGCUUUUGGGGACAACUUUCAUGAAGGUGGGAUGUGGGCUGUAUUCAAAAGCUUGGUUUGCCGAAUCUUAUUGGUUUAUUUUGCGACUAGCAUUAUAAAGAGCUUGUCUGGUGGUCCUUCACAAGUUACCGAUAAAUCAGCACCUAAACGAGCUGUUUUCCAGCCAUCUAAGAAUCUUUUCGCAUCUGGUCAACCUUUCGACCUCCACAUGUAUCUUGACGAUUCGGAACAGCGCCUCUGGAACCUGGAAAACCGCUAUCUUUUUUGGCAACAACUCAAUGUCCUAUAUGGUGAUUAUUCUGGAGGUCCGGCGAAGGAUGGAGUUCUCGUCUUCGAAAGAACAAUCUCCACUCCGCAGUCGCUUCUGAGGAACCAAUCUUUGUACUUGCAUGUUUUUAUUACCAAAGCUGGUCAUUCACCAAAUCCGAAGGAUCGAAGUUAUAUCAAGCGUGAGGUUAUUUAUGGAGUAUAUCAACUCAAUAAAUAUAAGAAGAGGCACUAUAAGACGACGGCGAAUUUGCUUACUGGGAAAAGCGAACAAAACAAGCAAGUCCUAGAAAAAGCUGCCAAAAUGAACUUCGAGAUCUUAAAUUUUUGGCAUCCGAAUCUUACAGUCAGCUUAGUCGAUGACCAAACUAGGUGGACUCAAGGUUCUUUACCUCCUCCUCUGGAUGAAGCUGUUACAUUUGACACUACUGCGGGAUUCUAUUUGCCUAUUCUCUUCUUUAAUAAUUACUGGAAUCUCGGUUCCGAAUACAUGCCUAUCAACGAUACUGUGAAGAAAAUAACGUUGCGUAUUAGCUACCAACCAGUGUCGCUUUUCAAGUACCAGUUGUACGCGAGUCAGCAGGUUUCUUUGAUUUUCGAGAUGCUUGCAAGUCUGGCUCAUCUUAUGCACUAUAUUAUUUCUUUUUUGAUGCGCAAUAAAUGGCCAUCGAUACUGGGCGGCGAUGUUUUCGAGCAGGAUGAUGACGAUCAGGACAUCAUAAAACGAGCGCUUAUGGAGACGAAUCCUCUUCUGCUUGCUCUUACCGUGUUCGUAUCAUUACUUCAUACCGUCUUUGAAUUUCUGGCGUUCAAAAAUGACAUACAAUUCUGGCGAUCUCGGAAGGAUCUCGCCGGUCUCUCUGUGCGCUCUGCGCUGUUCAGUAUUUUCCAAUCCACAGUUGUUUUUCUCUAUAUUUACGACAAUGAUACUAACUGGCUGGUGAGAAUGAGCGUAGGAUUCGGACUUCUUAUUGAAUGCUGGAAGAUUCCGAAAGUCGUAAACGUCGAGGUGGAUUAUUCAAAAAGAUUGUUUAAUUUUCUCCCGAAAUUGAAAUUCAGUGAUAAGGGAUCUUAUGUGGAAAGCGAGACCAAAGCCUAUGAUGAGUUGGCAUUCAAAUGUUUAUUAUGGAUCCUUCUCCCCCUUCUCGCUGGUUAUGCUGUUUAUUCCUUGAUAUACAUUGAGCAUAGGGGAUGGUAUUCGUGGAUGCUUAGUAUGUUCUAUGGAUUUCUACUGAUGUUCGGGUUCAUCAUGAUGACUCCACAGUUAUUUAUUAAUUAUAAGCUGAAAUCAGUUGCACAUCUUCCUUGGAGAAUGCUUACUUACAAAUUCAUCAACACGUUUAUCGACGAUUUAUUCGCGUUCGUCAUUCGAAUGCCUUUGAUGUAUCGAAUCGGAUGCUUCAGAGACGACAUAAUAUUCUUGAUCUAUUUGUGCCAAAGAUGGAUUUAUCGAGUCGAUCCGAAGCGAAAGAACGAAUUUGGUACCUCGUUCGAGUCAGGAGCUGUAAAUGCAGCAAACAUAGCGGAUGUUGUUAAUGCGCGAGAUAAACAGGCAGAUCUGAAGUCGAAGAAAGACAAAUAA